UGUCUUCGUUGCAUUUAUAUACUGCACAAAAGGGCCCUAUGUAGUGGUUGUUUUCUUAUCUUUCUAGGUGCCUCUCCCUAACUUAUAUAUUCAUCUGCUCAUCUUACAUCUCUAUGUCUUGCCUGCAGGCAUUUUUCUCUUACCUACUACGGGAGAUUAAGUGACCAGUCAUGUGUUGAUAUGUACUCUACGAUUGAGGCAAGUAGACUUAAAUGGAUGCAAGACCACCAAAAAGACCUAAGGAGUGAGUCGGUACAAGGCAUAGCUGAUGCGAUUGAUAAAGAUCUCACUAAUGCUGAUUCAGUUGGUGGAAAGGUAGUCAUCCCUGCCAGUUUUACUGCUGGUAGGAGAUAUUUUGUGAUGAAUUACCAAGAUGCAAUGGCCAUCUGCAGGGUCUAUGCCCCCCCCCCCUAACCUAUUUGUAACUUUCACAUGCAACACCAAAUGGAGAGAAAUAGGCGAUGUGUUGCGCUUUGAACAAGGACAACAACCAUGUGAUCGUUCUGAUUUAAUAGUGUGGGUCUUCCAUAUGAAAGUAGAUGAAUUUAUAGCAGAUAUUAGAGAAGGAAAAAUAUUUGGACCUAUCAGAGCAGUUUUGUACACCGUUGAGUUCCAAAAGCGUGGCCUGCCUCAUAUACACUACCUUGUGUGGUCCCAUCCCUCACCUAACAAGAAAAUUGUCAGGAAGCUGCUGCUUGAGGAUGACACUGCAAGCGAAGACAGUGGCCAUGAACAUGAUAGUCCAAAGCCUAGUUCUAGCGCUGAUGCUUAGGAGGAAGAAGGGGCGAAGCUCAUUUUGUAUUUGCACAGUUGCAAUCAUGCCUUGACAUGCAUCUGAUAAUCUGUUGCUUGAUGAUAUCUAUUUAGCCGUUUUAUAGCUUGUGCAAUCAGCAUUACUGAACUCUCUUUUGGAUAUCGCAUGAUUGCAAGCUGUGUUAUCUCCGCCUUCCUUUAGUAUCUUAGUACUCCACUCUUAUUUGGAUCAGUAUUCUGAGCUACCUGCUAAAAUGUUUGGUAGCUAGCUACUAAUGCUGAUUGUCUAAUGUAAUAUAUGGCUUGGAGAAACUACUGGCUGCAGAUGCCAUUUAGCGAACAUUGUUAUAGCUAUUAAGAUAUUUGCAUGGGAUAUUUCAUAUUAUUAUGGUUCAGCAUGUGGCACUCAA